GACCUCGGGGAAGGCGAGCACGGCCAAUCUGCGGCGCAGAAAGUCUCCCUUUGUAGAAGCGGGACAGAGAAGCCUGAGCAUGCAGGGUGUGCAGAGCACGAGCCUCUGUCUGCGAAAGCAGUGCCUUUGCCUGGCUUUCCUGCUCCUCCACCUCCUGGGACAGGUCGCUGCAACUCAGCGCUGUCCUUCCCAGUGCCCAGACAAGUGCCCCGCGACGCCGCCGACCUGCGCCCCCGGGGUGCGCGCAGUGCUGGAUGGCUGCUCCUGCUGUCUGCUGUGCGCCCGCCAGCGCGGCGAGAGCUGCUCGGAGCUUGAGCCCUGCGACGAGAGCAUUGGCCUCUACUGUGACCGCAGCGCGGACCCCAGCAACCAGACUGGCAUCUGCAUGGUGGUAGAAGGAGACAACUGUGUGUUCGAUGGGGUCAUUUACCGCAGUGGAGAGCAAUUCCAGCCAAGCUGUAAAUUCCAGUGCACCUGCAGAGAUGGACAGAUUGGCUGUGUGCCCCGCUGUCAGCUGGACGUGCUACUGCCCCAACCUGACUGCCCAAAUCCAAGAAAAGUUGAGGUGCCCGGAGAGUGCUGUGAAAAAUGGGUCUGUGGCCCAAAUGAGAAGGGGACGUUAGGAGGACUUGCCCUUCCAGCCUUCAGGUCAGAAGCCACCCUAGGAGUUGAAGUCUCUGACUCAAGUAUCAACUGCCUUGAACUUACCACAGAGUGGAGUGCGUGUUCCAAGAGCUGUGGCAUGGGUUUUUCCACCCGGGUCACCAAUAGGAAUCGGCAGUGUGAGUUGGUGAAACAGACUCGGCUCUGCAUGGUGCGGCCUUGUGAACAAGAGCCCGAGCAACCAACAGAUAAGAAAGGAAAAAAGUGUCUCCGCACUAGGAAAUCUCUCAAAGCCAUCCAUCUACAGUUCAAGAACUGCACCAGCCUGCACACCUACAAACCCAGGUUCUGUGGGAUCUGCAGCGAUGGCCGCUGCUGCACCCCCCACAAUACCAAAACUAUCCAGGUAGAGUUCCAGUGCUCCCCAGAGCAAAUCGUCAAGAAACCUGUGAUGGUUGUUGGGACCUGCACCUGUCACACCAGCUGUCCUAAGAAUAAUGAGGCGUACCUCCAGGAGCUGAAGCUAGAGACCAGAAGAGGGGAAGUGUAACAUGUUCGUCAAGAAGCAUCCCUCCUACAGAGGCAAACUAGCUGCAGCCUGACCCACAAUCAAAUGAACAUAAGAAAAAUAACGAAGAUACAUUAUUUUACCCUUGAGUCCUAUGUAUUUUCUGUGAUCAUAUAAGGACCUUUAUAUCUGCUUUUUAUUAAUGAAAGAUUUGAUUAACUAUAAACUUGGAAUCAAGACAGAUUGACUCCUUUCUGAUAGAAAGAAGCUAAACAGAAAACUCCCGAUGCAGAGAUGACUGGGCCCUCACAGCCGUCAUGCAUUUGUAUGCUGGAGGCUGCUGAGGCUCACUAAUUAUUUAAUUCAGCAGAAGCAGAGCAUAUUAGGAGGGGUCAUCUCAUCUUAUUGAUAAGCAAACUGAGACUCAAAGCCCUUGGUUGCAACCUCUGAUGACUUUCAAAUAUGCUUUUAGUGGAAUGUUGAAAAAUAACAAAAUCAACAUAACUGUGGUGGUGAGAGACCACAAAUUUUAUGGCAGUUUAGAAUUAUUGUAGACAUGCCCAAAACUUAUCCUUGGGCCAUAAUUAUGUAAACUCACAAACAAGAUAUAUGUAUAUAUUUACAUGUGUCUAAUUUGUCAGACUAUAAGAAAGACUGCAAAAUUAAGUUGACACAUUCUUCUAAUGUCAUCAUAUGUGUUCCACUUUUCUCCUUUAAAGUAUUUAUAAAAAUGUAAAUUAUACAUUUGUAAAAUAUCCUUUUUAGUUUCUUUACUUGUCAGACAUUGCUAAAUAAACAUGAUAUUAUCGUUGUGUGA